AUGACCUCCCAAGCGUCGCCGUUCUUGCACCCUGGGACAGUCGCGCAAAAGGAUCGUCUGGCGAUAAUCCAUCUCAAACGCGACCUGCAGAAUCCGAUUCUUCUCAAGGCCACGGACGAGGACGAUGAGGGGUAUGCGGAGGGGAAGGUCGUGAAUACGCGAUUCGGAUCGUUUCCUCAUACGAAGUUAAUUGGAUUGCCAUGGGGCUCACAGGUGCGCGCUGUAAAGGUAGACACUGGGUCUAGAGGGAGACGGCAGCCGAAGAAGAGGAAGUUAGAAGCGUCGUCAGAGGAUCCGGGGCACCUGGAGAAGAUUGCGAAAAUCAGCGAACAAGAAAGCGGUCGUGGCGACGGCGUUGUGAAGAUUGAAAGCCCUGCAAGCGUGGAUGUGGGAACGCUACCCAAGGACGAUGCUGAAGCUUCACCUGCGGCUACUGGAUUCAUUCAUUUACUACCACCUACCCCCGAGAACUGGACGAGCUCGUUACCACAUCGAACACAGGUUGUAUACACGCCAGAUUACAGCUACGUGUUACAUAGGAUUCGUGCGCGGCCUGGAACAAGUAUCAUUGAAGCGGGCGCUGGAAGUGGUUCAUUCACACAUGCCUCUGCAAGAGCAGUGUUUAGUGGCUACACCAAGGAACGGUAUGAAUCAACAAAUGGUCAAUCAGUAAGGAAACAUCUUGGAAAAGUCUGGAGUUUCGAAUUUCAUGAACAGCGACACGAGAAGCUGCAGCAGGAGCUGAAAGAUCAUGGUUUGGAAGGAUUAGUAGAGGUGACGCAUCGAGAUGUUUGCGAGGAUGGAUUUUUGGUGGAUGGCAAGAGUCCACAAGCAGAUUCAAUAUUUCUAGAUUUGCCUGCUCCAUGGCUUGCGUUGCCGCAUCUCGCCAGAUCCAAACCAAAACCCAACCAAAUAGACUUAUCAGCAGGAGAGGUGAAAAGCGAGCCGGAUACGUGUGAGGCAUUCGUGUCGCCAUUGAAUCCUCACUGUCCGGUGCACAUAUGUACAUUUUCACCAUGUAUUGAACAAGUGCAGAGGACCAUGUCUGCAAUGAGAAGGUUAGGAUGGGUGGACAUUGAGAUGGUAGACUUGUCUCAGAGGCGGUUUGAGGUUCGACGAGAUCGUAUUGGCAUUGAUAAUGGUAAUCAACAUGGUGUUCUGUCAACACCAAGCAGCGUCGAUGAAGCUGUAGCCCGUCUGAAAGACGUCGAGGGCAGCUUCAAGGCCUUCCAUGAGACUGGUGAAAAAGCCGAGAUCAGGAAGCGAGAUAGAGGCAACCCGAAUAGCAAAGACAAGAUCCUUGAGAGCUUAGUGGGUCGUAAGAUAUACAAAGAAGGUAAUCUUGUACACCGGGCGGAGCAAGAAUUGAAGACACAUACCAGCUAUUUGGUAUUUGCUGUUCUGCCGAUUGAAUGGUCAGAGGAAGAUGAAGCACAGGCACGGCAGAAGUGGGAGGAGAAGAUUGAUCUCUCUGUAACUCAAAAUCCUGCCGUCGAGGCGGCGGUAUCAGGGACGAUGAGCAAAAGGCAACAGAAAAAAGCAGCUAGACAAACUGAGAAGGACAAAAGAGCUGCGACGGCUGUGGACGCAGAAGCUGUUGUAGUUGAGGGUGAUGUAGCGAGCGUUCCAGUCGUGGUUUCUGAAAAGGAGUCAACGCCUGGACCUAGUGAUACUACCAUGUCAUAG